AUGGAGCGAGGGGAGGCUGGUUCGCCGCCGGUGGCCAGGGAGAAAGCCGGGGAGGGGGAGGAUGACUUCGGUUACCGACUCUUCCCGGACCGAAAUAAGAAGCCGCAGAGCUUCUUGGUCCGCAGCUUAUUCACUUUUCACAACAAAUGUCAGCUGAUGCUGAGGAUGACCCUAGACACGAAUCCAUAUGCUCAGCUUCUUCUUGAGGCUAUGAAGCAAUCUGGCUGCACUGUCUUCAAUGAUCGGCACUUUUCUUGUGAAAACUGUGAUGGCUGUGUCAGUGGAGGUUUUGAUGCUGCCACAUCUCAGAUUGUUCUGUGUCAGAACAACAUUCGCCAGCAAUCCCAUAUGAACCGGGUGGUGACACAUGAAUUGAUUCAUGCUUUUGAUCACUGCCGUGCACACGUGGACUGGUUUAAAAAUGUCAAACACUUAGCAUGUUCAGAGAUUCGAGCUGCUAAUCUCAGUGGAGACUGUACCCUGAUGAAUGAAAUAGCCAGGUUUAAGUUUGGAUUAAAAGGACAUCAUCAGACAUGUGUACGAGACAGAGCAAUUCGUUCCAUUUUGGCUGUUAGAAAAGUUAGCAAAGAAACAGCAGAAAAAGCUGUGGAUGAAGUUUUUGAUGCCUGCUUCAAUGAUCUGGAACCUUUUGGAAGAAUUCCACACAGCAAAACAGAUGCAAAACGUGCUUACAGAGACUUUCAGAACAGAGAUCGCUAUAAUGCUAAUUUGUAAAGGAAAAAAAUGGAAAAUG